UAGAUAAGAGCGCAUUUUAUUUCCCUAGAUUGCACGUAUUUAAUUCAUAUAACAUGAGAAACUCCUCCAGUAGCGUCAACCAGGGUUGAUAAGAAUAAACGAUAAAGCAAAAACAAAAACACCUUCUCCAAGAUUUUGAAACUGCAAGCGAACGCAUGGUGGCGCUGUUGACUAAGAAGGCGAAUUAAACCACGGGCAUUGUGCUUGCUUGGUGACGCACGGAUCCAGUGUGGUAAACCAGGGGUUGUGAGCCCAGGCAGAUUUUUGAGUCAGCAAGUCUGAGUCUCUGGAAAGGCUUAUUGACUAGGCCGUCUGCAAAGGUUGUGGGGCAAAAGACUGUUUCCCAGCGCUAUCUGAGGUUCAGCUUGGAGACAUUCCCAAGAAAAGCGUGACGGAAAGUGCAAUGGAGGCGGGAGGAGAGCGAUUUCUUAGACAAAGGCAAGUCCUGCUUCUCUUUGUUUUUCUGGGAGGGUCUCUGGCUGGGUCCGAGUCAAGACGCUAUUCUGUGGCUGAGGAAAAAGAGAAGGGCUUUUUAAUAGCCAACCUAGCAAAGGAUCUGGGGCUAAGGGUAGAGGAACUGGCCGCGAGGGGAGCCCAAGUUGUGUCCAAAGGGAACAAACAGCAUUUUCAGCUCAGUCAUCAGACAGGUGAUUUGCUUCUGAAUGAGAAAUUGGACCGGGAGGAGCUAUGCGGCCCCACAGAACCAUGCAUACUGCAUUUUCAGAUAUUACUGCAAAACCCUUUGCAGUUUGUUACAAACGAGCUCCAUAUCAUAGAUGUAAAUGACCAUUCUCCGGUGUUCUUUGAAAAUGAAAUGGAUCUGAAAAUCCUAGAAAGCACUCUACCAGGAGCAGUAAUUCCUUUGGGAAAUGCUGAGGACUUGGAUGUGGGAAGAAACAGCCUCCAAAACUACACUAUCACUCCGAAUUCCCACUUCCACGUACUCACUCUCAGUCGUAGGGACGGAAGGAAGUACCCGGAACUAGUACUGGAUAAAGCGCUGGAUCGGGAGGAGCAGCCCGAGCUCAGCUUAACGCUCACUGCGCUGGACGGCGGCGCUCCCCCUCGGUCUGGGACAGCCCAGAUAAACAUCCAGGUCUUAGAUAUAAACGACAAUGCACCAGAAUUUGCACAGCCGCUCUAUGAGGUUGCAGUUCUAGAGAAUACCCCCGUUAACUCUGUCAUUGUCACAGUCUUGGCUUCUGAUUUAGAUACAGGAAGUUUUGGGACAAUAUCAUACGCAUUUUUUCAUGCUUCUGAAGAAAUUCGCAAAACUUUUCAGCUAAAUCCAAUUACUGGUGAUAUACAACUAGUCAAAUAUUUGAAUUUUGAAGCGAUUAAUAGUUAUGAAGUCGACAUCGAGGCCAAGGAUGGCGGAGGCCUAUCCGGAAAGUCUACAGUCAUAAUCCAGGUGGUUGAUGUCAACGACAACCCACCGGAACUGACCUUGUCUUCAGUAAACAGCCCUAUCCCCGAGAACUCGGCAGAGACUGUACUGGCUGUUUUCAGUGUUUCUGAUCUAGACUCUGGAGACAACGGAAGAGUGGUGUGUUCCAUUGAGAACAAUCUCCCCUUUGUCCUGAAACCAUCCGUAGAGAAUUUUUACACCCUCAUAUCAGAAGGCGCACUGGAUAGAGAGACCAGAUCCGAGUACAACAUCACCAUCACUGUCACUGAUUUGGGGACACCCAGGCUGAAAACCAAGUACAACAUAACCGUGCUGGUCUCCGACGUCAAUGACAACGCCCCCGCCUUCACCCAAACCUCCUACACCCUGUUCGUCCGCGAAAACAACAGCCCCGCCCUGCACAUCGGCAGCGUCAGCGCCACAGACAGAGACUCAGGCACCAACGCCCAGGUCACCUACUCGCUGCUGCCACCCCAGGACCCGCACCUGCCCCUCUCCUCCCUGGUCUCCAUCAACGCGGACAACGGCCACCUGUUUGCCCUCCGAUCGCUGGACUACGAGGCCCUGCAGGAGUUCAAGUUCCGCGUGGGCGCCACAGACCGCGGCUCCCCGGCGCUGAGCAGCGAGGCGCUGGUGCGCGUGCUGGUGCUGGACGCCAACGACAACUCGCCCUUCGUGCUGUACCCGCUGCAGAACGGCUCCGCGCCCUGCACCGAGCUGGUGCCCCGGGCGGCCGAGCCGGGCUACCUGGUGACCAAGGUGGUGGCGGUGGACGGCGACUCGGGCCAGAACGCCUGGCUGUCGUACCAGCUGCUCAAGGCCACGGAGCCCGGGCUGUUCGGUGUGUGGGCGCACAAUGGCGAGGUGCGCACCGCCAGGCUGCUGAGCGAGCGCGACGCGGCCAAGCACAGGCUAGUGGUGCUGGUGAAGGACAAUGGCGAGCCUCCGCGCUCGGCCACCGCCACGCUACACUUGCUCCUGGUGGACGGCUUCUCCCAGCCCUUCCUGCUGCUCCCAGAGGCGGCCCCGGCCCAGGCCCAGGCCGACUCUCUCACCGUCUACCUGGUGGUGGCGUUGGCCUCAGUGUCGUCGCUCUUCCUCUUGUCGGUGCUCCUGUUCGUGGCGGUGCGGCUGUGCAGGAGGAGCAGGGAGGCCUCAGUGGGUCGCUGCUCGGUGCCCGAGGGCCUCUUUCCAGGGCAUCUAGUGGACGUGAGCGGCACCGAGACCCUGUCCCAGAGCUACCAGUACGAGGUGUGUCUGACUGGAGGCUCCGGGACAAAAGAGUUCAAGUUCCUGAAGCCAAUUAUCCCCAAUUUCGUUGCUCAGGGUGCAGAGAGGGUUAGUGAGGCAAAUCCCAGUUUCAGGAAGAGCUUUGAAUUCAGUUAAGUGUUAAUAAGGAUCUACUGAGCUUCGUCUCAGUUAAUCUGUGGAAAGUCCUUUUUUACUGCUUUACCUAUUGGAGAAUUCUCUUUUGGUAUGGUUCAAGGCAAGUAGCAAGAGUAGAGCAAAAUUUCAAAUCCAGGGAUGGCUUAGGUUUCAUUAACAGAACUGGAAAAUAGUUGUUUGGCUCUGAACGUUUUGUAUUUCAAUCAAGAAUCCUUAGUCGAUAGAACAUUUUGUUUAUAUAUUGAUUCUACUUUUUCUGUAGUUAAUCCAUGCAUACUCUCCUUUCAUCCUAGCUUGCCAACGCAGUCUUAAUUCGCCUUCUUUUUUCUAAUGGGGAGUAAAAAGGAAUUCAUUAUCUUUUAAUAGUGAUUUCAAAUAGCUUAUUAAAAUAACUCCUUUCAAUUUUUAUAUUAUAAAGCAAUGUAGAGAGAGUUCCAAACCACCAAUUUUAUAAUUUCCCUUGUUGAAUAUAUUCACAUAAUGUGUUGUAUAAUAUGCCCAAAGCAGCUUUGUCUAUGGUUAACGAAGUUUUGAGAAUAGACAAGAAUGUGUUUUAAUUUAUAGUAAUAUAUCAUCUUUUUAGGGGUGUAGUACUCAAAUGAAAGUAAUUUAGUUCAUUUUCUGUGUUGACAUUUGCAAUUAAUAUUUCAAUAUUUUAUGUGCUUAUAUUGGCCAAAAUAUGGACACAAAUAUAGACUAAUAUGGAUAAUUACCCUUUGAAGUUUGUCUAAAGUGUGUUCAUGAUGACUGAGGAAAAAAAUUAAACCUAUGCCAUUU